GCGGGGCCUCGAGCCGGUAAAAGCGGAGCGCGCCUCGGGCCUGGCACUGCCGGCCAUGGCGCCUCCGAGCCUCCCGCGGGCGCUCGGCCUGGGCCUGCUCGCGCUCUGCCUCCUGGCGCUGCUCUGCGGCACCCGCGCCCGCCCUGGGGAGCGUUUAAUCGGGGGCCGCACGAACCUGUCGCCCAGCGACCCGCAGGUGCAGAAGGCGGCGCAGGCGGCCGUGGCCAGCUACAACAUGGGCAGCACCAGCCUCUACUACUUCCGAGACACCCACAUCCUCAAGGCGCAGAGCCAGCUGGUGGCCGGCAUCAAGUACUACCUGACCGUUGAGAUGGGGAGCACAGCCUGUCGCAAGAACAUGGCCACUGGAGACCGCGUGGAUAUCACUACCUGCCCCCUUGCCACAGGAGUGCAGGAGGAGAAGCUGCGCUGCGACUUUGAGAUCCUCGUGGUGCCCUGGGAGAAUUCCUCGCAGCUUCUAAAGCAUAACUGUGUGACCAUAUCGUAGGCCCCUUUGGGCAUGGGAGCCGGCGGGGACAGGUGCAUCGUGGGAAGGCACUUUAGGUCCAUGGGCACGUCUGUCACAAUAAAUUGCUGGUACUGCUUCUCACA